UCCCCCCGUCUUCCCCCCACAUCAGUCCGUCCUGCCUCCAGCUGCUGCAGCGCGCCUUCACCGGCUCGGCACCCGGCAGCCCCCCGCUCCGGCCCAGCAUGGCGACCCCGACCCAGACCCCCACAAACGCUCCUGAGGAACCUGACCCAUUUUACUAUGACUACAACACGGUGCAGACCGUGGGCAUGACUCUGGCUACCAUAUUGUUCCUGCUGGGCAUCCUCAUCAUCAUCAGUAAGUGUGACCCCUGCCUGGCUGUCCCUGGGUGCCUACCGUUCCCCUGCUGGCUUUUGUCCACAUCCUUGUGUCCUAUGUCCUGUCUCCUUGUGUUGUCUCUCUCUCUCCCAACAGGCAAGAAGGUCAAGUGCAGGAAGGCGGACUCCAGGUCUGAGAGCCCAACAUGCAAAUCCUGUAAGUCGGAGCUUCCCUCCUCAGCCCCUGGCGGUGGCGGCGUGUAAGAGCAGCCCCGGAACCUCCACUGCUGUCCCUGCCUGGGCGCGGGAGCCUGAGGACCGGGUGGAGGCGGUGGGGACCCCAGCCGUGCGCCGGGGAGCGCCCCCCGAAUGAGCCGCCCCACCCACCCCAAGGCUGGAGCCGCUGCACCCCGCUGUCCCUCCCCAGACCUUGGCAAUGACGACCCCUCAAAGAGCCCGUCUGUAUCCCGGACCCAGGGACUCAGGCCUCCAGCUCUUGGGGUGCAGGAGUCCCUGGCGAGCCCCCGAGCAUCCCCGUGUACUGUUCCCCUGCACCUCCUUGUCUCCUCCCCGAGGACCCGUCCCCCUGCCCCCUCGGUGUCCACGUCUUGAGCUUAAUAAAUGUGCAUUUGGUUUUUUCCCCUGUUC